AUGGAUGUUAAGGACCAACAAUUGACGGUGAGAAGUGGGAAGAGCUGUGCUGAGAAGUGGAUUGUGAAUUUGAGCCUUAACUUCAGACUGUCCCUACUGCAGCAUCCCAUCUUUGGGAUAGCGGCUCCUGGCCCCUUCAGGGAAUGCACUGUGACCUCAGCGAUGGUUGACACCGGCGGCCCUGGCUUGGAGUUCGACAACAAUGGAAUUAAAAAUCAGGAGGAAAAUGAGCCAGUCUCUGAAUUCCCAGCAGUGAUUGUGGAGCCAGUUCCUAGUGCCAGACUAGAACAGGGUUACGCUGCUCAGGUCCUGGUUUAUGAUGACGAGACUUACCUGAUGCAAGAUGUAGCAGAGGAGCAAGAAAUUGAGACUGAAACUGUGGAAACAGUGGAAGCCUCGGUCCACGGCAGCAAUGUGCACUACGUGGACAAGACCAUCGAAGCGGCGGAGGCCCUGCUGCACAUGGAGUCUCCGACCUGCCUGAGGGAUGCCCGCAGUCCCGUGGAAGUUUUUGUCCCUCCUUGUGUGUCAAACCCAGAAUUUAUCCAUGCUGCCAUGAGACCUGAUGUGAUCACAGAGACUGUGGUGGAGGUUUCUACGGAGGAGUCGGAACCGAUGGAUGCAUCUCCUGUUCCAACAUCCCCUGAUAUCCAUGAGCCAAUGAAAAAGAAAAAAGCUGGCCGUAAACCAAAGACCCAACAAUCAGCUCUUUCCGAUGGGUCUCCGGAUCUAGGUAUAAAGAAGAAACCCAGAGAAGGCAAAGGAAAUACAACGUACUUAUGGGAAUUUCUUCUGGACCUUCUCCAGGACAAAAAUACUUGUCCUCGAUAUAUUAAAUGGACUCAGCGAGAGAAGGGCAUCUUUAAGCUUGUGGACUCAAAAGCUGUCUCCAAACUAUGGGGAAAACACAAAAACAAACCUGACAUGAACUAUGAGACUAUGGGAAGAGCCCUGAGAUACUACUAUCAAAGAGGAAUCCUUGCGAAAGUUGAGGGACAGAGGCUUGUGUAUCAGUUUAAGGAGAUGCCGAAAAACAUAGUUGUCAUCGAUGACGACAAAAGCGAAUCGUGCAAUGAAGAUCUGUCGAUGCCUGCGGACGAAAAGUCAUUGGAGAGAGUGUCGUUAUCUGCAGAAAACCUUUUAAAAGCUGCAGCCUCUGCGCGUGGAGGAAAAAAUUCCUCUCAGUUGAGCUGCCCCAGAACAGAAAAGACGGUCGCCAGAGUUGUGAACAUUGCCUCACCGGUGCACGAUACUUCAUCAUCAUCAUCAUCGUUAUCGUCUCGCCCCUCAACCACCACUACCACUGUCCCAGCAACGACAGCUCCCAGGACUGUACGUGUGGCAAUGCAAGUGCCUGUCGUAAUGACCUCUCUAGGACAGAAAAUUUCCACGGUGGCAGUACAGUCGGUGACCACAGGGUCACCAUUGCUAACCAACACCAGCCCGAGCACGGCGACAACUCCCAAGGUUGUAAUCCAGACAAUCCCUACCGUGAUGCCAUCCUCUGCCGAGAACGGAGACAAAAUCACCAUGCAGCCUGCCAAAAUCAUCACCAUCCCCGCCACGCAGCUCACGCAGUGCCAGCUGCAGGCCAAGACGGGCCUGGCUGGCUCGGGGAGCAUUAACAUCGUGGGGGCGCCCCUGGCAGUCAGAGCACUGACCCCCGUGUCGCUGGCCCACGGGGCGCCCGUGAUGAGACUCUCGGUGCCCGCGCAGCAGGCGGCCGGCCAGACUCCUCCCCGGGUUAUCAGCGCCCUUAUCAAAAGCCCUGAGGCUCCAUCAGACACGGCAGCCGUGAAGCAGGAGCGCGAGGUGAAGGCGCUGCAGCUCGCAAAGGAGGAGAAGGCCGCCCCACAGGAGGGGGGCAAGACUGUGACCCACGUUGUGGUCGUUAGCACCCAGCCCUCGGCCAUCGCCCUUCCCGUGGCUGUGAAAACAGAAGGAAUCGUAGCGGGCGAGAAGUGAGGAGCAGGGCGCUCCCCGCGUGGACUUGUGGGCUCCCCGGGCCCGGAGUAUACUGACAUAAUUCGGGAGGGGACGGGAGGGGAGGGAAGGGUUGUGAUCACCAAGUCAAAAAGGAGAGCUUUGAAAUGUUAAUAAACACGCAUAUGUUGAAGACUUACUGGAAAAAAAGAUUAUUUUCCCCUGUUUGGGUGAGAUUGAACCACAUUGAUAUGCUGACAGAAACUGCCUCUUCCAGUUGGGAAACAGCUAACCUGUGGAGAAGGAAAGGUAGAGGGACCGAGAGGGACCAAGCAGUUCACUACAGCAAGUUACACUAAGAUCUGGAACACUAAGGGGCUGUGUGAGAUCCUUUGCCUUGGUUUGAUUUGCAGGGAGGGAGGAAGGUCUCGUUGUGACAAACGGCAAAUUUGGUGCAUUUUAUGUGCAUACCAGCAAUUACUACUGUGUGCCCACAGUACUCAACUGGUGCUAUGUGAAAAACUCUUGCUACUAGGUAUUCUAGAAUGUGAAAUUAAGGAGAAGAUUAAAGAGCUUCUAAAAGAAGACAGAGAGACCUAGAGGGAUUUCUUUUUUUUUUCUU